AUGAAAGGACGAGAGAAUUAUAUCAAGCAAAAGGUGACACCAAUUCAAGCAAUUGUCGCAUUACGAGAUGCUGAAUUGGAACUACGAUGUUUCAGAUGUUUAAGUCCUGAAGAGCAAACGGAAGUAGAAGAAGUUUGGAAGCCGAAUGAAUCAUUUAUUGGGAAAAAAAUUCGCCAAAUUAUUGAUAAAGUAAAAGAGUUUAUCUUAUCAGAAGUUGAGCGUGAAGGAAGACAGAGAACGAACGAGUGGGAUUAUAACUGGGAAAAGGCCAGUUUUGAGGAAGGCAUGAAUGGUUGGUGGCGAAGUAUGGCUGACAUUGAUCCCACUCUUUCUGUAGCCGAAAAAACCAUAAGUCUUAUCAAAAAGUUUAUGAAGCGUCAAGCAAGUGAACCCAAACUUGGUGAUCAUUUUGAGCUUGUACUACCAAAAGUAAGCCGAAAAGACAUGGGUUGGUAUCGUUGCAUAAGACGUAUAAACAAUACGAUAAUAAAUAGUUCUGUGAAGAGUAAAAUAAAAGCUAUGCAGUACGAAUUCGCAGAUUUGAAAUUACAAUCGAGUGCAUUCGCUACUCCGUGGAGUGAAUGCAGCAAUUGCGACACAAAGGAUGGCGAAAAACGUCGUAAAAUUGCUUGUCAUUUAUCGAUUGCUCCCGGCAUACCUUAUGAUGCAAUUGCAAAUUCCACGAUAUCAUAUAUGCAACUUUUCUCUCACAUUCCCUGUCGUAGUUCAUUGGUACCAAUUCAAAUACGCAGUAUCUUAUGGCCCAUUCAAGAUAUCGUCCAUGUUGAAAAUUGUUAUGUACCAUGUACACAAGCAAAAAUAGAGCGAACACGUUUAGUUAUGAGUAAAAAUGAAUUUGGUCGAAAUAUUAUUAUUGAUAAAAUUCCACCAGGUGAAUAUCAAUUAAACGAACGAUUACCGCCUCUUCGGAAAGCAGUGAAACGAGAAGCUAUACAGGCCUUUGAAAAUGAUCCUUAUAUUUUAUCCUGUCCACAAAAAGAAUUUGGCAUUUUUUGGGCAUUAAAUGAAACUUACAUCUCAUCUACGUCAUUGUUGGCACAGUAUCCUGAUAAAAGGAUUUAUAUCGAUGGUGAUAAUCAGCUUAUCAUUAACUAUCUCAAACUAGAAGAUGAUGAAAGUUUCUUCAGCUGUCAUCGAGCAUAUGAUGGCGAUGUCCUAAGAACAUUUAGCCUCAUUGUUAAUAAAGGCAAACAACGCCAGGAAAUUGUUGAGUACAUUAAUUUUGGUAUCAGGUACAGUGCAUUUUUACUCAUAUUAUUAAUGGUGCUAUCUAUUACUUUAAAUGUAAAUGUCCAAUCAGAAAAGUAUCGACGUGAAGUUGCAAUCAAACGGCAUAUCAAUGAACAGAUAAACAAGCAGAACAAUACAAACUCUGAAUAA